ACGAUGUCGCUGCAGUACGGGGCUGAGGAGGCGCCUCUGUCCGGCAGCUACGGGCCGGCCGACUCCUUCCCCAAGGAUUUCGGUUACGGCGUGGAGGAGGACGACGAGGACGAGGCGGCGGCCGGGGCCGCCGGGGCCGGGACCGGGGCGGCGGCCGGGGGCGGCGGGGGCGGAGGCGGGGGCGGCGGCGGCGGGGGCGGCGGCGGCGGCCCGGGGGGCCCGGGCGGCCCGGGCGGCCCCGACAGCUCCAAGCCCAGGAUUCUCCUCAUGGGGCUGCGGCGCAGCGGCAAAUCCUCCAUCCAGAAGGUGGUGUUUCACAAAAUGUCACCCAACGAGACCCUGUUCUUGGAGAGCACCAACAAAAUUUACAAAGAUGAUAUUUCAAAUAGUUCUUUUGUGAACUUCCAAAUUUGGGACUUUCCAGGGCAAAUGGACUUUUUUGACCCAACAUUUGAUUAUGAGAUGAUCUUCAGAGGCACAGGAGCAUUGAUAUACGUCAUCGAUGCGCAGGAUGACUACAUGGAGGCUUUAACCCGACUUCACAUCACUGUCUCUAAAGCCUACAAAGUUAACCCGGAAAUGAAUUUUGAAGUUUUCAUUCACAAAGUUGAUGGUUUGUCGGAUGAUCACAAAAUAGAAACUCAAAGGGAUAUUCAUCAGCGAGCCAACGACGACCUUGCAGAUGCUGGGCUAGAAAAACUUCAUCUUAGCUUUUAUCUGACUAGCAUCUACGACCAUUCAAUAUUUGAAGCCUUUAGUAAAGUGGUGCAGAAACUUAUUCCUCAACUGCCGACCUUGGAAAACCUAUUAAAUAUCUUUAUAUCGAAUUCAGGUAUUGAAAAAGCUUUCCUCUUCGAUGUUGUCAGUAAAAUCUACAUUGCCACAGACAGUUCCCCUGUGGAUAUGCAGUCGUAUGAACUGUGCUGUGACAUGAUUGAUGUAGUAAUUGAUGUGUCUUGUAUAUACGGGUUAAAAGAAGAUGGUAGUGGAAGUGCUUAUGAUAAGGAGUCUAUGGCAAUUAUCAAACUAAAUAAUACAACUGUCCUUUAUUUAAAGGAAGUGACUAAAUUUUUGGCAUUGGUCUGCAUUCUGAGGGAAGAAAGCUUUGAACGGAAAGGUUUAAUAGACUACAACUUCCACUGUUUCCGCAAAGCUAUACACGAAGUGUUCGAAGUGGGUGUGACCUCACACAGAACCUGCAGUCACCAAGCAAACACUCCCAACCUGAAAGCGGUGACUCACAACGGCACACCUAGAAACGCCGUCUAGACUGACCAUGGACUGGGUAGAUGCCUACCAGUUUUCUCUCUCUCUCUCUCUCUCUCAAAACCAGAAUCAGAAACAGCGUGCCACCGGACAAGAAUAAAACGCGGGGUCUGCAGUUCGUGCCCUACUGACACCUGUUCUGGGAGAAAGGAGAGGUAGAUUUUCUGAUUUGGAGGCGAAGCGCACAGCUGGUGUUGCACAACUAAAGCUUCUGUAAUUAAAAAAAAAAAGAGCAAAAAAUAGAAAAAGGGCAAAUAUCCCUCUUCCCCCAACUCCCCCCACCCCCCAAAAAAACCCUGCUUGAGGCCACUGAAAAUAACAUCGGAAAUACCCAGUCUUUUUGAAGUGUUUUUUUUUUUUCCUGAGUCCUACUUUAGUAGUUUGACUAUAUCGGUCUGGGAGACAAAACAGUCAUCCUUCCCUUACAUCAGGAGUUGUGGUUGAUUGCGGAUUGAAAGUGAUGGGAAGUACUGAAUUUAUCAUGUGCUCCACUUUAGGUUUUCAUUUGAUCAGUCCCUAAAAUAUCCCGCCUUGCUUGUUCCAACACUGCCUCUCCGAUUUUCGGUUUUUGACACCACCCAUUUCACACCUUUUAACCCACUCGCCCUCUGAUUCAGAAAACUCCCAGUUUGACUGCAGCAGAAGACAUUCCCAAGUUCUCCGUGGAAGAAACCCAAGUCAGUCCCACCCAAGCUUUGUCAACCGGAAUGCAGGGCUCAGCAGUGGCUACACUUGUUCUCUCAGAGUUUCGGAACUGUAGGUCCAGCGAUACGACCGUAGAAAACAUUCGCGCUCGGAACGGAGACAGAUGGCUGGGAUUUUUGCUCUGAUGUGGAUCAAGGUGAAAGUCACCAGGGGAAUAUUUCACUCAAUAGCCCUGCCUUGUAGGAAUGGAACUUUCAUUCUAUCAAUGAAACAUGUGGUUCAUUUUCUUAUUCUGGCUGCCUGAACGGGUGGAGUGACCAGAAGAACUCUCUCCCAAGGCAGUCGGGGGGUCUGCAUCUUUUUAGAGCUCCUGCCAUUUUGCAGCCAUGAAUUGGUCUCAGAGGUCCUUGUGGAUCACGAGCCGCUUGGGAUUUGCUAAAAUCCAUUUUCUAGAAGUGGAGAGUCAAGGGUGGUAGCCACAGCAUGGGUUGGUUUACAUUCUUUGUCUCCAGUAUUCUGACAUUUAGGUGUCAAACAUGGUACUUCUCUUUCUGAGUGUAUUUGAAUUUUUUGAUAGCGGAGCCUUUUUCACUUGGUUGAAAUUUAUAUUCUCUGCCCACCUCUCCCCUCUCCAAGAAGCUCCAUAUUUGUAUGUUCAAAAGCCACUGGACAACUUGAGUACAGAAGUGCCACUGUUAUACUGAAUCUGUAUAUUAAGUUCCAUAACCCUAACAGUGUGACCUGGAGUGCUUUCUGCAGAUGAUUCUGAUUGUUGAGUAUUUACAUGGACCAUGAUGAUAUCCAAAAGAAAAAAAAAAUGCUUUUAUAUUUAUAGAUUCUUUCAAUGAACUAUAUAAAAAUGGGUAUCAAUAAAUGUAUUUACUCCAG